UUGUGUGUAUGUCAAACGCCGCGUAAACGGUUUUCUAUAUUUCUCAAGAUAUUUCAUACUAAUAUUACGCAAAAAAUACUGUAUCUACCUCCAUAUAUCCCAGUAAUUUGCACUAAAGCUAUGUCAGUGCACUAGAUACUCUGAUAAAAGCAGGAAUCCAGCCGGUUCCACGAUGACUUCUAUUAUCAAACUCCACUGUCUUUCUGGGGCUGGUGACGAGACUCCACCAUGUUACGUGUUACAAAUAGACGAAUUCAAGUUCCUCCUAGACUGUGGGUGGGACGAGAAGUUCGAUAUGGACUUUAUAAAGGAACUUAAAAGACACAUAAACACAAUAGACGCAGUACUGAUAUCCCAUUCCGACCCUAUCCACCUUGGUGCCUUACCUUACGCAGUCGGGAAACUCGGUCUCAACUGUCCGAUAUACGCCACACUACCAGUGUACAAGAUGGGACAAAUGUUCAUGUAUGAUUUGUACCAGGCUCACAGAAAUGUGUCAGAGUUCGAUCUGUUUACGUUGGACGAUGUUGAUGCAGCGUUCGAUAGGAUUGUGCAGCUGAAGUAUAAUCAGAGUGUUGAUAUGAAAGGAAAAGGUCUAGGUGUCCGCAUCACUCCGUUACCCGCUGGCCACUCCCUAGGUGGCACAGUCUGGCGUAUAGCAGCACCUGGUGAAGAAGACAUAGUAUAUGCCCCUGACUUCAACCAUAAGAAGGAAAGGCAUUUAAACGGUUGUGAAAUUGAGAGGUUAAUGAGACCGUCUCUGAUGCUGCUUGGAGCUAUGAAUGCUGAUUAUGUGCAGCAAAGAAGAAGGUUGAGGGAUGAGAAAUUGAUGACAACAAUCCUCACAACACUUCGAGGAGGAGGUUGUGUGCUGGUCUGCACGGAUACGGCAGGAAGAGUGCUGGAGCUAGCUCACAUGUUGGACCAGCUGUGGCGCAACAAGGACUCUGGCUUAGUAGCCUACUCCCUGCUGCUGCUGUCCAAUGUCAGCUAUAAUGUUGUGGAAUUUGCUAAAUCUCAGAUAGAAUGGAUGAGUGACAAACUGACCCGCGCAUUCGAAGGUGCCAGAAGCAACCCGUUCGCUCUCCGUCACCUACAGCUGUGUCACUCUGUGGGUGAGGUCAGCAGGACUCCAGGUCCCAAGGUGGUGCUCGCGUCCUUCCCUGAUCUAGAGUCAGGGUUUGCAAGGGACCUGUUUCUGUUGUGGGCUCCAAAUCCACAGAAUUCUAUUGUUUUGACUGCUAGGACAUCCCCUGGCACUCUAGCUCGUGACCUGAUAGAGAAGGGCGGUGACCGCACCAUUGAGCUGGAGAUCAGGCGAAGAGUGAGGCUCGAGGGAGCUGAACUAGCUGAGUUCAUGCAGAACCAGGUCAAGCUUAACAACACUGUCAAGGAAGAAACAGCCGGCAUAUCCUCGGACUCAGACUCGGAGGGCGAGCUAGAGAUGUGGGUGGUGACGGGCGCGCACGACAUCCCCGCGCGCGCCGACGUGCGCGCGGCGGGCUGCUUCAAGCACAACAAGCGACACCACGCCAUGUACCCCUUCCACGACGACCGGACCAGGGCUGACGACUACGGGGAGAUCAUACGGCCUGAAGACUAUAGACUUGCUGAAAUAGUGGAUGCGGAAGGAGAAAUCAGAGAUGUGCCACCAGCCCCGCCAACGAAACAAGAACCAGACGAGGAGAUGACCGAAAUCCCCAGCAAGUGUGUAUCUUCAAUACGCCAAGUGCAGAUAAAGGCGAACAUUCAAUACAUCGAGUUGGAGGGCCGCUGCGACGGCGAGUCGCUGCUGCGCGUGGUGACGCAGGCCAAGCCCAGGGCUAUUGUGGGGCUGAGAGCUAAUACUGGGGCGCUGUUGACACUUAAAAAACAUUGUGAGGCUGAAGGCAUAGAGAAGAUUUAUAUUCCCGUAGCUGGCGAUGUUAUCGAUGCUACCACGGAGUCCCACAUCUAUCAAGUGAAACUAACAGACAGCCUGAUGUCUGGGCUCGCGUGGCGCUCUGCAGGCGACACGGAGCUGGCGUGGCUGUCAGCCGUCGUCACGCCACGAGCGCAUCAGAGAGAAAACGCUACUAGCAAUGAAGAGGCCAGCUCCGACGUGGCUCUCUGCCUAGAGGCGGGCGGUCCGGCGCGGCCACAUGCGGCGUCGUUCAUCAACAGCGUGCGUCUGUCGGAGCUGCGCGCGGCGCUGGCGCGGCUCGGGCUCACCACUGAGUUCAGCGCCGGGGCGCUCGAGUGCUGUAAUGGGACUCUUGCUAUACGGAGGUUGGAGAACGGCCGCGUGGCGCUGGAAGGAGUUUUGUCAGAAGAGUAUUACAAGGUCCGAGAGUUACUGUACGAACAGUUUGCUAUAGUCUGAUGUUUAAGCUAAGGUUAUGUAAAUAUUUUAUUAUGAAGUUAAUUUUAAUAACUAAUUAU